AUGCCGCGAGCAGAGAUCCGAGAAUAUUUCGCACGUGUCAUCAAAAUGGAACCUUGUAAUCCAAUCAUCGAUGCUCGAUUCCCAUAUGUUAGCCUCGGUGGCGCAGGAACACACUUCGUACAACCUUCCAUUGACGAAUUUUCAGACAGCUUCGCGCUAUUCCGAACAACGAACGGCGUGUCUCAUCUUCCUGCAGACGAAGACUGGUUUGAUGUACAUGAUGUUGAGAGAUACCUGCUCAACCAGGGCAUUCAUCUAGGCGAUUCUUCUUCACCCGCCCUUACGAUAUCUCGUCCAUCCAGUUCAGCCGUCAGGCAUUUGGACUUAGAGCCCCCCCUAGGCGAGUUACCUGACAGCAUGAUGAUGGUCAUCGACGACUACAAAUUGAUCAACAGUAUGCUUACACUAUUAUUUGCUACUAUUUUCGGCGUCAAAAGUAAAAGAUAA